AUGUAUUCUAUAAGAAGCCUGCCUACUGUCAGCUACAGGGUGAAAAGGGAAGGGGAUGGAGCUGAGGACAUGACACAAAUGGAAGAGCUUACUGAGGCAGUAGUAUUGAUAAACCUGAAGACUCGCUUUGAUCAAGCGCUUAUCUAUACAUACAUUGGCAGUAUUUUGGUGUCUGUGAAUCCAUACCAACUAUUUAACAUCUAUGGCACAGAUGUGGUUCUGCAGUACGAGGGCCAUGGCUUUGGAGAUAACCCACCUCAUCUCUUUGCCAUUGUAAACAUUGCCUACACUACAAUGAUGGACAUCAAGCGAAACCAGUGCAUCAUUAUCAGUGGGGAAAGUGGUUCUGGAAAGACAGAGGCGACCAAACUGGUUCUGAGGUACCUCACUGCUAUUCACCAUAAGAGGAACAUUACACAACAGGUACGUAUUCUCGAGGCAACUCCUCUGUUAGAGUCGUUUGGAAAUGCUAAGACGGUCCGAAAUGAUAACUCCAGUCGCUUUGGAAAAUUUGUGGAGAUCUUUUUGGAGGAAGGGGUGAUCAGUGGUGCCAUAACCUCGCAGUAUCUACUGGAGAAGUCCAGGAUCGUUUUUCAGGCCAAAGACGAGAGAAACUACCACAUCUUUUAUGAGAUGCUGGCUGGACUUCCUAUGCACACGAAACGGGCCUUCUACCUACAGGAGGCUGAAACCUACUACUACCUGAACCAGGGUGGUAACUGUGAGAUCACUGGGAAGGAUGAUGGGGAGGACUUUAGAAGGCUACAGAGUGCCAUGGACAUUCUCCACUUCAGUCCUGAAGACCAGAGCAGCAUAUUCAGAGUGCUGUCGUCCAUACUGCACUUGGGCAAUGUCUUUUUCCAAAGAGUGGAGACAGAAGUGCAGGAGACAGCUGGUGUGGUGAGCACUCAGGAGAUUCGUGCAGUAGCCGAUCUGUUGCAGAUUUCCCCAGAGGGUCUGCAAAAAGCCAUCACCUUCAAAGUGACGGAGGCAAUGAGAGAGAAGAUAUACACUCCCCUCUCAGUAGAAAGUGCUGUGGAUGCCAGAGAUGCAGUUGCCAAGAUCCUUUAUUCCUUGCUCUUUCAAUGGCUGACAGAACGUAUCAAUGGGCGGGUCUACCCCAGGAACGAGGCGCUGUCCAUAUCUUUACUGGAUAUAUACGGGUUUGAGAGCUUGACGUUCAACAGCUUUGAGCAGCUCUGUAUCAACUAUGCUAAUGAGAGCCUGCAGUUCUUCUUCAGCAAAAUCAUUUUCAAACAGGAACAGGAGGAGUACAUUCGAGAGCAAAUCAACUGGAAAGAACUGUCCUUCACUGACAACCAGGCAUGCAUAGACCUUAUUGCUGCAAAGCCCCAUGGGAUACUGCGCAUCCUUGAUGACCAGAGCUGCUUUCCACAGGCCACUGACAACACCUUCCUUCAGAAGUGCCACUAUCAUCAUGGAAACAACCCCCUUUACUCCAAGCCAAAAAUGCCACUGCCAGAGUUCACUGUCUAUCACUAUGCUGGUCGUGUAACUUACCAGGUCCAUAAAUUCCUGGAUAAGAACUAUGAUCAGGUUCGGCAGGAAGUAUUGGAUCUGUUUAUGCAGAGCCAGAACCGAAUGGUGUCCAAUCUCUUCAUAAAACAUGCUGAGAUGCUGAAUCAGCAGAAAGGAGCAAUGAACAGGAACAGCACAGUGACUCGGAGAUAUCAGCCCUCUACUGUGGCCGCCAAGUUCCAGCAAUCACUGCAGGAGCUUCUAGACAAGAUGGAGAGGUGCAACCCAUUUUUUGUCCGCUGCAUAAAGCCAAAUAAUAACAAGGAACCUGGUAUAUUUGACCCUGAGUUGGUUGCUACUCAGCUCAGAUAUUCAGGAAUCUUGGACACAAUCCGCAUCAGGAAGGAGGGCUAUCCAAUCAGAGUGCCGUUCCAUAAAUUCUUAAACAGGUACAAAGCCCUGCUAGGAAUGAAGAAGCCACCACCUCCAGAUGGAGAUAACUGUGUCAUUAUGUUAAUGAAGCUCUGCCCAAUCAACAAAGGAGAUUAUCAAGUGGGUGUGUCAAAGCUCUUUCUAAAGGAGAAUGUGUAUCAGUUAUUGGAGAGUAAACGUGAUCGUAUGAUGCAUGUAGCUGCAUUGAUCCUUCAGCGUUAUGUACGGAUGUAUUUUCUCCGGAAGAAUUUCCUCAAGUUCCGUUCGGACAUGUCAAAACUUCAGGCUCAAUGCAAGGGCUUCCUGGCCAGGCGGUGGUUUCUGCGAAUGCGUAUAAACCUGAUCAAGCACCGUGCAAUGGUCCGACUUAUUGUCAAUCGCAAAAGAUACAUCAGGGAGCGAAUAAGCAGGGAAGUGGUAAAUGUGACUCAGCUGGUUAUUCCUGCAGAGUUGGGAGGAUUGUUACAUGCCACAGCAGCUGGUAGGGAGCGUCAUUCAGACUGUUUGGCUCUGGUUCAGGCUCCAAGAAUACAAACAGACCCCCAGCUCACUCUUCCACUGGACAUCAACAACCAUUUGAUGACCAAAUAUAUACGCACACAUUUCAGGGAAUUGCAGUUUGGGAUGCUAACAGCACCGCUGGAGAACUCACUGACCCGACUUGAAGAUGAUCUUAAACAGGAUGCUCUUGAUGUGUUUAUACUGAUUUUGCGUUUCAUGGGAGAUCCAAACCUGAAUGGAGCUCAAGAAAACCUGUUUGGAAAUUACAUCAUUCAGAGAGGCCUUGCCACUCCACCAAUCAGAGAUGAGAUCCUAGCGCAGAUAGCCAAUCAGGUGUGGCGGAAUGAAAACACCAGAAAUGCAGAGAGAGGAUGGUUGUUGAUGGCCGCCUGUUUGAGUUCCUUUGCCCCGUCUGAGAAGAUGGAGAAAUAUCUGCUAAAAUUGGUGUCAGACUAUGCUCUGAAGGGCUUCAAGGCAUUGUGCCAACACAAACUCCUCCAAGCCAUGCAGAAAUCCUACCUAGUCCCUGAAGCAUCUCGAACAUACCCUCUAUCCCUGCUAGAGUGGACUGCCACCCGCAAAAAAGCACACAUGGUGCUCCAGGUGCACUGUUUUGAUGGCGUGUCUUUCCUGUGUCCUGUCCAUUCCUGGACAAAUGGAGAGGGACUUGCUGGAGACGUUCUACAACACAGGGGCGUGUCCUCUGAGAGCCGAUGUGGUUGGUCAGUUCUGAUGAAGGAGCCGGCGCAGUGGGUGGAGUUAGAGGGUCACGAUUAUGUUCUGGAUCUGGUGUGUGACCUGGAGCUGCUGCCAGACUUCCCCAAACAGAAGACAUACUUCAUCAUCUCUACUGAAGACCCCAGCAAGGCACGACCUAACGCGAGCAUAAGUCUCUUUGGCAGUGGAUUUGAAGAGGAUGAGGAUGGGCCGCUCUCAUAUGCCAACCGAACGAGCGCCGUUGCAACCAACAGCCUACCAAUUUCUGAAGGCCACUACAAUCUGGACUCAGAACCACCCUAUGAUGGCACUCAGAGAGGGAUGGACCGGUAUUUGGACAGCCUGUUUGACCCAGUUCUGUCUGAUGGAACUGGGGACCUUGAUGCGUCAGUUUUGUCUGGUAGGAUGAAGGGUGGAGGAGGUGUAGGUGGUGAUGAAGCACAGCCUCCUGCUAGGGUCAAUGUCUCAGCUGCUCUUCAGCCUGGAGCAGUGAGAGUUCUGCCACCCAUUCCAGGUGCUUCAGUAAUGCCCAGUAUGCCAGCGGUGCCCCCAGUGCUAGACCCGCAACAAACUGUCCUGGCCCAACAGCAACAAACCAUCAUCAACCAGCAAGCCGUCAUUAUGGCUCAGCAGAUGACCAUGCAGGCGAUGGCUAUGGUGACCAGUCCAGUGUCCAGUCCACCAAUGUCUCCCCUCACCAGCCCCCCAACCAGCCCUCCACCCACUCCCUACAGCACUCUGCCGCCUAGCCCGUACCCCGCCGUCCCUCCCAGCCCCUACGCUAACCUCCCCCCCAGCCCUUACGCCCCACCUCCCCUUUCCAUGUACACAAGCCACCCGGCGACCAUCCACCCCACCAUCCUCUCCACCUCGAUCAACACCACCCCCAGCACCUUAGACGAGCAACAGAAGCCCCUGGAGAAGAAGAGCAGCCCCCCAACACCACAGCCACGGAGUACCACCACCACAAAGGCUGUUUCAUCUAAUGGGACAUUAGGGAAGAAACAAGCCCCUGCUGCACCAAUUAAACUUGACAGCAGGCCUGCCAAAAGACAUGCUCCUGUUGCCAUCACGGGUCCCAUGCGUUAUGCUCCGGCUCCUGGCACAGAGGUGGUGAGAUAUUCGGUCUCCAACUCUGAGCACAUCGUUCCCAGCCACAACAUUAAAGAUAUCAUUAAGCAAUAUCAAACACCGCCCCCAGAACAUGUGCCGCAGACACAGAGGCGAGAAGGUAAAGCUUUUGUGAAGAAGAAGGACCCACAUGAUGAGGCAAUGCAGAUCCUAAAAACACAGAGGGACAAUCCACCUCCUCCACAGAGAAAGGCUCCCACUCCAGCUGCUGUGUCCAGAGAUCGAGGCCUCAAACCAACUAAAAGCAGCAAGAAGAAAGCACCAGAGCUACCACUGACUUUACCUCCACCGGUGUCCAGAGAUCUUCCAGUGGAAUCUGAGAGCAUCCAAACACAGCUGCACAGGAGCAGCACAGAGGAGCAUUACACCUACACAAACGUUCCCUGGAAGAUAUACCUCAGGAAGGAGGUCUUCUAUCCUAAAGACACUUGGAAUCAUCCUCUAGUGCUGGACCUCAUAUUCAAACAGAUUGUUAAUGACACAUUUACGGAAGCCUGUGUGCGCAUUACUAAAGAGGAGAGGCAGAAGAUGAAAUCCUUGUUUGCACAAUAUGGCAUCGAGCCGAACACAGAUGUUCAGGAUGAAAGUGUGAAGAAAGCUGUGAUUACAGCUGCCAGGGAGUCAUGGGAGAUUUAUUUUUCUCGCCUUUUUCCUGCCUCUGGCAGUGUGGGUACUGGAGUGCAGGUGUUGGCAGUGUCUCACUCUGGUAUCAAACUUCUCAAGACAGUAAAAAGCAGCACUGCAGCUCCAGACUACUUCCGAGUGCUCCGUCCGUACAGCUACACAGACAUCUUGUUUGUGACCAUCCCCUCUCAAAACAUGCUGGAGUUUAAUCUGAUGAAUGAGAAAUUGAUUCUGUUCUCGGCCAAAGCACCUCAGAUCAAACAUAUGAUUGAUCUCUUCAUCUCUCAUCUUAAGAAGGAUUCUGAGUAUGUUGUAGCAGAGAGAAACUUCAUCACCGAGGACAGAGCUCUUCUCAGCUUCCAUAAAGGAGAUAUCAUUCGUCUGCAGGCCAUGGAUGGGUUAGAGGAGGGUCAGAGUUACGGCUGCGUGGUGAAGAAAAAGGUCAUUUACCUCGAGGAGCUGAAGAGAGGCACACCAGAUUUUGGCUGGAGGUACGGGGCAGUGCAGGGUCGGAGUGGAGCAUUCCCUAUGGAUUGUGUGGUUCCUGUAGCUGCUCCUGAUUUCCUGAGUCUCCCAGCAGAGAGGAGAGACGAGCCGAGAGACAGACAGGGCCGAGUGGCAGCAUCAGGAGCUAUCGCUCUCGCUGUGGCCUCCACUGCGGCUGCACAUGAGCUGGACCCAUCACUAGAGUCUGAUGGAUUCGGGGAUUUCGGGGACUCUGAAGCUGAGGGGAAUAUUCUUUUGGACAGCCAGUACAACAUGGUGGAGUUUGCCAGGAAACAUUUCAGAACGUCAGAUGGAAGCAAGAGUGAUUCGUUCAGAGAUAAGUCCAAAAAAGGUAAAGGAAAUAAAGACCCUGCAGAGAUGGUGAAAUUCAGCAAGAACCCUAUCCUAGAGUCCCUCAUAGACUUCACUGACCCCAACAUGAACCGGGUUGCUUCUGAAAUUUUCCUAGCCUUAAUGAAGUUCAUGGGAGAUCAUCCUCUCAGGGGCCAAUCAGAGCAGUUUGUGAUUUGCACCUUCCUGAAGUUAACGGGUGAAUAUGGACUGAUGAAGGAUGAGGCGUACUGUCAAGUCCUCAAACAGAUUACAGCCAAUACCAGCUCUAAACCUGACAGCUGUCAGAAGGGCUGGCGGUUACUCUACAUUCUGACAGCAUUUUACCGCUGCUCUGAAGUGCUCAAACCAUUCUUACUCAAGUUCCUACGAGACGUCUGCAGAAGUCCAGAAGUGCUUUUUCAUGGAAUUGCUAAAGCUUGUGAGCAGAACCUGAGAAAGACCUUUCAGUUCGGUGGCAGGAGUGUUUACCCCAGUAGUAUGGAGCUCAAAGCCAUAAUGGCUGGUCGAAGCUCAAAGCGACAGCUGUUUCUAUUUCCUGGAGGAAUUGAGAGACAUUUGAAGAUCAAAACCUGCUCGGUUGCACUGGAUGUCAUAGAGGAGUUGUGUUAUGAGAUGGCGUUACAAAGGCUGGAGGCAAUGGAUGAGUACACAAUCUUCAUAGUGAUCAACAGAGGUCAGAAUGUGCGGCCCCUCAAUAAGAGAGAGUACAUAUUAGACAUCGCAACAGAGGCGGAGCAGAUUGAUCCCAACUACAGCUUCUGGUUCAGACGAGUCAUCUGGGCCCAUCCGCUCAAGUUCGACAACGAGCUCUGUGUCACCAUGCACUAUAACCAGGUUCUGCCAGACUACCUGAAGGGUCUGUUGAAUGUCGUACCUCAGGGAAAGAUCAGUGAACAGCAGUUUAACCAGUUUGCCAAACUUGCUGCUCUUCAACACAGAGCCAAAGACAGUCUCUACACGCCUACUAUUCAUGAGUUGACAGAAUACAUCCCAGUUGAGAUCUUUGGCAGACAGGGGCCUCAGCAGUGGAUGCAACUGGUUGCCCAACAUGUACAUGCCGUCCAAAGCCUGAACCCUCACCAGACCAGAUCCCAGUUCCUGGGUUUGGUGUGUGCAUUUCCCAUGUUUGGAUCGUCCUUCUUUUACAUCCAAAGCAGCAGCAACAGCACCAUCUCUGCACCGUGCAUCCUCGCUGUCAAUCAGAACGGACUGCACUUCCUGCACAAAGACACUCAUGAGGUGCAGGUGAAGUUCCAGCUGAAGCUGAUUCAGUCGGCUCACACACAGCGGCCCAGCGCUGGAUCCAGUUACCCUUAUGUAGACGUCCUGAUAGGGGACUUAACCAACCACAGAGUCACACAGUUACAGCUGGAACAGGGUCUGGAGCUGUGUCGGGUUAUCGCCAUGCACAUUGAGAAUAUGCUCUCUGUCCGAGAGAAGAGGCUGACGCUGCCACCCAGUGAAAUCACCAUGCUGUAACAAAACCAUAUACAGAUACACACAGUCUGUAUACGAACAAAUACUAUGCUUUCUGUAUGUUUAUUUUCUAUAAUCAGGUUAUUUUCCAUUCACUGAUUGUCUCAUCAGGACUAAACCAAACCUCUUAAUGCACUGUUUGCACUAAUCAUGUGUAUUUGUUCACAUGUUAUGUA